CACACGAACGUGGCGCCAAGCAUGAACAUAACGCAGCUACUCGUAGGCGAUUGGAUAAAGUGGCUCAUCAUCAUGAGAUUUUCCAUCGCGCUGGUGUGCAUUCUGGCACUGUGCGCCAUCGUGGAUGCAAAGUGCAAUAAGUGUAAGAGCAACGAAUGUGAAUGUAAUUUGGAGAUAGCACGUGGGCCUCCAGCUCAACCGUUUCCGUUUUAUAAGAAAAAAAAGUGCAAUGUCACUCGACCGCUUGAGCUGAAACCGAAACCCGACGUCUGCUCGUGCGAGCAGGAGUAUCGCAUCCGUCCGCUGGCACCCGAGAAUUGUGAACCAAAGUUUGCAAAGUCUCGAUCCUGUGAGUGCGGCUUCGAUCAACCGGAACAUAAAGUCAAGAGGAAGUAUCCGGCCGAUAUCAUUAGCCGACUGCUGGCGAUCGAAUACGCCAACAAGAAAGACAUUCCUGAAACGCAUCUGUACGUUCAUGGGCGUCCAGUAACGCCACCACCUGCUCAAAAGCGGGAAGGUAUCGACGAAGAGCGCCUGCACAAAAACCACCUGCACGUGGUUGAGCUGAAGCCGGCACAGCGGAAGCGCGUCCACUAUCGGAUGUACUCAUCGGAGGAAACCGAGGGCGCACCGUGCCAUCCGAAGGAGGACAGCUACUGUGACCUCUGCUACGGAAAGGUUGAACGUCGGGAACCAAAGUUUGACGUCCUACGACAAGAUGGGCCGGCCUGUGACCAUUGCCAGGAUCGCGAUAGUACGGAGGAAGUUGACGAAACGGAGGAGGACUUUUCCACUGAGCCACCGGUUAAGCACUGCUCCAAGUGUAUGAAGUCGAAGAACACUUGUGACUGCCCGAAGAAGUACGACAGCUACGAGGAUGACUAUGAGGAGUACGAGUGUCCAUUUGCUAACAGAAACUCCAGGUCGAUUCGCUCGCCGGGUGCUGCUGAAUCUACGCUCGUCGUUUAGGGAACGGAGCGUUAAGGGACGAUUUGUGCGGGUUAAGUUGUGAUAUUCUUUACUAAUCGUAGGAUUGAUUCAUUAGCGGUGCAAACGUGUUUGUACAUAGUGCCAAGAAGCAAUCAAUAAAAA